GUCGUGAGGAUCGGGGCUCCUGCCCCCUCGGGGGGAGCGAGGCAGAGACGGGAAGGUGAAUUCUGAGAAGGUGCAUUCUUUAAUGGAAACGCGGAGCAACUGCAGCGGAUGAUUUCUCUUGGAUUUGGCCACAAAUUUAUAGAUCUUCUGCACUGUAUACAGCUACAGGACUCCUAAAAAAAAAAGUUAACUCCUCUGCCUCCUUGGAUUGGAGCUGGGGCCAGAAGGAGUGAUUGUAGUGAGACUGAGCAUCCUAGAUUACACGGAGGGAGCAGCGGGGCCGUUUGAUAGUUGCUGAUAUGUGUUCAAGAUGAGUGGGAUGGGAGAAAAUACCUCUGACCCAUCCAGGGCAGAGACAAGAAAGCGCAAGGAAUGUCCUGACCAGCUCGGACCCAGCCCCAAGAGGAGCACUGAGAAACGCAAUCGUGAACAGGAAAAUAAAUAUAUCGAAGAACUUGCAGAGCUGAUAUUUGCAAAUUUUAACGAUAUAGACAACUUUAACUUCAAACCUGACAAAUGUGCAAUCUUAAAAGAAACUGUGAAGCAAAUUCGUCAGAUCAAAGAACAAGAGAAAGCAGCAGCUGCCAACGUAGAUGAAGUGCAGAAGUCAGACGUGUCAUCCACAGGGCAGGGUGUCAUCGACAAGGAUGCGCUGGGGCCGAUGAUGCUUGAGGCCCUUGAUGGGUUCUUCUUUGUAGUGAACCUGGAAGGCAACGUUGUGUUUGUUUCAGAGAAUGUGACACAGUACCUAAGGUAUAACCAAGAGGAGCUGAUGAACAAAAGUGUAUAUAGCAUCCUGCAUGUUGGGGACCACACUGAAUUUGUCAAAAACCUGCUGCCAAAGUCUAUAGUGAAUGGGGGAUCUUGGUCUGGCGAACCUCCCAGGCGGAACAGCCAUACAUUCAAUUGCCGGAUGCUGGUAAAACCUUUGCCUGAUUCUGAAGAGGAAGGUCAUGACAACCAGGAAGCACAUCAGAAAUACGAAACUAUGCAGUGCUUUGCUGUCUCUCAACCAAAGUCCAUCAAAGAAGAAGGAGAAGAUUUGCAGUCCUGCUUGAUCUGUGUGGCGAGGAGAGUCCCCAUGAAGGAAAGACCAGUUCUUCCCUCAUCAGAAAGUUUUACUACUCGCCAAGAUCUCCAAGGCAAGAUCACUUCACUGGACACGAGCACCAUGCGGGCCGCCAUGAAGCCCGGCUGGGAGGACCUGGUGAGGAGGUGCAUUCAGAAGUUCCAUGCACAGCAUGAGGGGGAGUCUUUGUCCUAUGCCAAGAGGCAUCAUCAUGAAGUGCUGAGACAAGGAUUGGCUUUCAGUCAGAUCUACCGUUUCUCCUUGUCCGACGGCACUCUUGUUGCUGCACAAACGAAAAGCAAACUCAUCCGUUCUCAGACUACUAAUGAGCCUCAGCUUGUCAUAUCUUUGCAUAUGCUUCACAGAGAGCAGAAUGUGUGUUUAAUGAAUCCGGAUCUGACUGGACAAGCGAUGGGGAAGCCAUUGAAUCCAAUUAGCUCCAGCAGCCCUGCCCAUCAGACCAUGUGCAGUGCGAACCCAGGUCAGGACAUGACCCUUGGUAGCAAUAUCAAUUUUCCCAUAAACGGCCCAAAGGAGCAAAUGAGCAUGCCCAUGGGCAGGUUUGGUGGUUCUGGGGGACUGAACCAUGUGUCAGGCAUGCAAGCAACCACUCCUCAGGGUAGUAACUAUGCACUCAAAAUGAACAGUCCCUCACAGAGCAGCCCUGGCAUGAAUCCAGGCCAGCCCAACUCCAUGCUUUCACCGAGACAUCGCAUGAGCCCUGGGGUGGCUGGAAGCCCCCGAAUCCCACCCAGCCAGUUUUCCCCCGCAGGAAGCUUGCAUUCCCCUGUGGGAGUUUGCAGCAGCACAGGAAAUAGCCAUAGCUACACCAACAGUUCCCUCAACGCACUUCAGGCCCUCAGCGAGGGCCACGGGGUCUCAUUAGGCUCAUCAUUGGCUUCACCGGACCUAAAAAUGGGCAAUUUGCAAAACUCCCCAGUUAAUAUGAAUCCUCCUCCACUCAGCAAGAUGGGGAGCUUAGACUCCAAAGACUGUUUUGGGCUGUAUGGGGAGCCAUCGGAAGGUACAGCUGGACAAGCAGAGAGCAGCUGCCAUCCCGGAGAGCAAAAGGAAACAAGUGAUUCCAGUGCACCCCAGGGCGUGAGCAGCGAGCGAUCUGACGGGCAGAACAGACUGCAUGACAGCAAAGGACAGACCAAACUCCUACAGCUGUUGACCACCAAAUCUGACCAGAUGGAGCCUUCGCCGCUGUCCAACUCUCUGUCAGACACAAACAAGGACUCCGCGGGUAGCUUGCCUGGUUCUGGGUCGACACACGGGACCUCGCUCAAGGAGAAGCAUAAGAUUUUGCACAGACUCCUGCAGGACAGCAGUUCUCCUGUGGACUUGGCUAAGUUAACAGCAGAAGCCACAGGCAAAGAGCUGAGCCAGGAGGCCAACAGCACAGCUCCUGGUUCAGAAGUGACUGUAAAACAGGAGCCAGUGAGCCCUAAGAAGAAAGAGAAUGCACUACUUCGCUAUUUGCUAGAUAAAGAUGAUACUAAAGAUAUUGGUUUACCGGAAAUAACCCCCAAACUUGAGCGACUGGACAGUAAGACAGACCCUGCCAGUAACACAAAGUUAAUAGCUAUGAAAACCGAGAAGGAGGAGAUGAGCUUUGAGCCUAGUGACCAGCCUGGCAGUGAACUGGACAACUUGGAGGAGAUUUUGGAUGAUUUGCAGAAUAGUCAAUUGCCACAGCUUUUCCCAGACACGAGGCCUGGCGCCCCUGCUGGAUCAGUUGACAAGCAAGCCAUCAUCAAUGACCUCAUGCAACUCACAGCUGAAAACAGCCCAGUCACACCUGUUGGAGCCCAGAAAACAGGACCACGAAUUUCACAGAGCACUUUUAAUAACCCACGACCAGGGCAACUGGGCAGGUUAUUGCCAAACCAGAAUUUACCACUUGACAUCACAUUGCAAAGCCCAACUGGUGCUGGACCCUUCCCACCAAUCAGAAACAGUAGUCCCUACUCAGUGAUACCUCAGCCAGGAAUGAUGGGUAACCAAGGAAUGAUAGGAAACCAAGGAAAUUUAGGAAACAGUAACACAGGGAUGAUAGGUAGUAACGCCGCCCGGCCCACUAUGCCAUCUGGGGAGUGGGCACCGCAGAGUUCAGUGCGAGUCACCUGUGCUGCUACCGCCAGCGCCAUGAACCGGCCGCUCCAAGGAGGUAUGAUUCGGAAUCCAACUGCCAGCAUCCCCAUGAGACCCAGCAGCCAACCUGGCCAAAGGCAGAUGCUUCAGUCUCAGGUCAUGAAUCUAGGGCCAUCUGAAUUAGAGAUGAACAUAGGGGGCCCCCAGUAUAGCCAACAACAAGCUCCUCCAAACCAGACCGCCCCGUGGCCUGAGAGCAUCCUGCCUAUAGACCAGGCCUCCUUUGCCAGCCAAAGCAGGCAGCCGUUCGGCAGCUCCCCAGAUGACCUGCUGUGCCCGCACCCCGCCGCGGAGUCGCCGAGUGAUGAGGGGGCGCUGCUGGACCAGCUCUACCUGGCCUUGCGGAACUUCGACGGCCUGGAGGAGAUUGACAGAGCGCUGGGAAUACCUGAGCUGGUCAGCCAGAGCCAAGGAGUAGAUCCGGACCAGUUCUCGAGUCAGGAUUCCAACAUGAUGCUGGAGCAGAAGGCGCCCGUUUUCCCCCAGCAGUACGCGUCUCAGGCCCAGAUUGCCCAGGGGAGCUAUUCUCCCAUGCAAGACCCCAACUUCCACAGCAUGGGGCAGCGGCCUAGUUAUGCCACACUUCGCAUGCAGCCCAGACCCGGCCUCAGGCCCACGGGCCUGGUGCAGAACCAGCCAAACCAGCUGAGGCUUCAACUGCAGCAUCGCCUCCAAGCACAGCAGAAUCGCCAGCCCCUUAUGAAUCAAAUCAGCAAUGUUUCAAAUGUGAACUUGACUCUGAGGCCUGGAGUUCCUACCCAGGCACCUAUUAACGCACAGAUGCUGGCCCAGAGACAGAGGGAAAUCCUGAACCAGCAUCUGCGGCAGCGACAGAUGCAUCAGCAGCAGCAAGUUCAGCAAAGAACUCUGAUGAUGAGAGGCCAAGGGUUGAAUAUGGCAUCAAGCAUGGUGGCUCCUAGUGGGAUGCCCACAAAUAUGAGCAACCCCCGGAUCCCCCAGGCAACUGCACAGCAGUUUCCAUUUCCUCCGAACUACGGAAUGAGUCAGCAACCUGAUCCCGGCUUUACUGGGGCUACCACGCCUCAGAGCCCUCUAAUGUCGCCCAGAAUGGCGCACACCCAGAGCCCCAUGCUGCAGCAGACCCAGGCCAAUCCCGCCUAUCAGGCCUCUGACAUGAACGGAUGGGCACAGGGCACUAUGGGUGGAAACAGCAUGUUUUCACAACAGUCCCCACCACACUUUGGGCAGCAAGCAAACACCAGCAUGUACAAUAACAAUAUGAACAUCAAUGUAUCCAUGGCGACCAACACAGGCGGGAUGAGCAACAUGAACCAGAUGACAGGACAGAUCAGCAUGACCUCAGUGACCUCCGUGCCUACGUCGGGGCUGUCCUCCAUGGGUCCCGAGCAGGUUAAUGAUCCUGCUCUGAGGGGAGGUGGCCUUUUCCCAAACCAGCUGCCUGGAAUGGAUAUGAUUAAGCAGGAGGGAGACGCAUCUCGGAAAUACUGCUGACACUGAAGGUAGCUGGUUGCUUCUUUCUUCAGCUGACUGGGCUCACUUGCUCAAAACACUUACUGGUCUGGAGAGCUGCGUCCAUUUGUUUUGACCCCACCGACCCGCCGGCCAGUUCUGCCCAAGUGAGCUCAGCAGAUGCCGGGCCUGGCCCCGGGGAGCAGCUGUUGCAGGAGGAGCUGCCUCCUCUCGACAGCCUGAAGCUUGCGUCCAGACAGUUGCUCAGUCUGUUCACUGCAUUCACCUUAGUGCAACUUAGAUCUCUCCUGCGAAGUAAAUGUUGACAGGCAAAUUUCAUACCCAUGUCAGAUUGAAUGUAUUUAAAUGUACGUAUUUAAGGAAAACAACCAUGCUCUUGUUCUGUUCCUGUUUGGUUCCAGACACUGGUUUCUUGCUUUGUUUUCCCUGGCUAAUCAGUCUAGUACAAAAUAUUCAGAUUUCAUCUAGGGGAAAGAAAAGGAUUUUUUCUAAAAAUCAAACUGCAUUUGGGAUAAAAGCAGGGCAGACACCAUGGACAGCACUGUAUGGACAGACACCCAAGAAGUGAAGACCAAUAUCUUUGUAGAAAGCUCUCAAGACCAAGUUGGAAAGAGGUUCCAGUUAAUGAACAGAUAAGAAGGAGCAUGAGAGGGCUGUUCACAUUAACAAGUACUGUUUCCUUUUUUUUUUUUUUUUUUGUUAAAACCAAAUGAGUUCAUCUGAAUCAUUAAUCAAGAAGAAAUAUUUUUCAUUUCCACAUUAAGUUCCUGUUAGACUGAUCAGACAGCUUGGAUUAGCAUCUCCUCUUCCUGACUCUUCCCUUCCCCUGCCCCCCCCCACACACACACACUUUCAUUCAUUUAAAAAAUAAAAACAACAGAAACCAGGUAAGCCCCUUGUUUCCUUAAAUUUUUUUAAAUGUUUUGCCAGCCACUUAGCAAUUGCUAACUUAAAUUUCGGAAAAAUGCAUUUACUGGCAAGGAGAGGAGCAGAGUCAGGACGAUGCUGGUCCCACUGAGGACACCUGCUUCAGGAGCAUGUCCGUCUUGUUCCCCAGCCACACAGGCCCACAACACAGGAAGCCCUGGCGUGUUUAACACUGACAGCAGAUACGUGACAGGUGUCACCUCCGCCGUGUGUUUUUUAUUUUGUUUUUUUAGCAGUGCUGACUAAGCCGACAUUUUGUAAGGUACAUAAAAUCCAAUUUCUAUGUAAACAAGCAAUAAUUUAAGUUGAGGACUUAAGUGUUUCAAUUGUAUAAUUUUUUGUGAGGUAUACAUAUUGUGGAAUUGACUCAAAAAUGAGGUACUUCAGUAUUAAAUUAGAUAUCUUCAUAGCAAUGUCUCCUAAAGGUGUUUUGUAAAGGAUAUCUAUGCCUUGAUUAGACCUAAUUUGUAGACUUAAGACUUUUUAUUUUCUAAACCUUGUGAUUCUGCUCAUAAAUCAUUUAUCUAAUCUAUAUGAUAUGCAGCCGCUGUAGGACCCAGUUCUUGAUUUUUAUAUGUUUAUAUUCUUUCUUAAUGAACCUUAGGAAGACCACAUGUUACUGAGCAGGCCACUUUUAUGGUUGUUUCUCUUGCCCCCUCGGGAAGGGGAAUAGUCUUUUAUUAAUUGGUGUCAGUUUCAGACAAGUGCAAUACCAAGAAACUGAUUACCUUUUUUGAGCUAUUUCUCCCCAACCCCUAAGACACGUACUUUCUUACCUAAAUUUCAGAAUGAUGUCUUUUUGAUGUCUAAAAAGCAAAGCAUUUUAUAUCUCACUAGCCAGGCUUUUUAGGAACAGAGAGGUUUUUCCUUGAAAUGUGACUGUUUAUUUGUGGCAGGGUGGACAAUGGACAAACUACCCCUAUUUAUAUUUAUAUCUCUCCCUAUAUGUGCAAAUGAUGGAUUAUAGAGAGAGAUAUAGCCCAAAGAUAAAUGAUAAAUAGACAGUCUGAAGAUGUUGCUCCAUACUAAAGAAAUGUUCUGGAAAUUUGCAUUUCGAUACUUUUUUCCACUUGAGAGGGGUCUCACUACAGGGAGGUGGCCCAGGAACAGCACCUCUCGGGGCCACCAGUCCACAUGCCCCCCUCACAAGGCUCUACUCUCCUCAACCAGACCAUUGCGUUGCCCACCUGCGAUGGAUGAAACAAGCAGACGCUGGCCCAGAACUCCAUGACUGCUCAGCGUGGCGAGGCUUGCGUCCUGUGCAACGCAGUGUGACCAGCUUUAAGUUGCUUUUAGAAACGUAACUUAGAAUGACUUUAACUUCACACAGCACAAAGGAGAAACGGAGUUUAAGCUAGAUUUGUUUUGUUUUGUUUUGAGUUUUAAGUCCCAUUUCACUAUAAUACUGUCCAAAAAUUAUCUGUGUAUCUUUUACUGUUUAUUCACCUGCCCACUGUGUUUUCACAUCAACCCCAAGUCAGACAAAUCUACAAACCAGUGAUGCUGGUCAUUUCGAAUAAUUCAUGAUCAUGGCUGUUUUGAAGGAAAAGAGAUUACAAAUUCUCUUACGGCUCAGAUCAGGGAAUGGAUUUUGCUUUACAUCUAAUUAAGAGAAGAAAAGUAAGUGAAGGAAUCCUCUGAUCAUAUUGAUCACUAUAGAAGCAAAGCCAAAUCGAUCCCCUUCGUUAUCAGUAUUUCUCAUGCUGUACACAGUAAAUUUGUUAGGCUGAGUCCUUGGUUUUUGUUUAAUAGGACAAAGAAUCAGUGUUUUACUUCUAUUACUAAAUGUGAAAAACAAAUAAUGUGAAAAGUAUACAUACAUUCACUUGGUUAUAAGACUCAUUUAAGUGUUCAUGUAAUGUGGUGAGUUGGAAAGUGAAGUGAGCUCUUUUGCUACAAUGAAUUCGUUUGACUCAAAGAUUAAAAUGCCCCCUCCCACGUGUAUCUCCUAUGGCCUGUAAUAAUUGAAAGCAAUGUUUUUGCAGUUUAUAUAAUGCAAUUUUUAAUCUGUGUUUAAAAAUGGAGUUCAUAUGGGCUGAACACAUAAAAUGGGUGGCACACAUCCACUGUAGAACCCAAAGAUACACAAUCAAUUUUGAAAUGCAACUUAAGCCAUUAAUUGUUGGUGUGAAUUUAAAAUUUUCUAGUAUUUGUAUGGUAGUAUGCUGCCUAAGAGCAAAGCAUUCUCUGCACAAAAGAAAAUUACUGUAGUGGCUUCGAUUUUAAUUAGAAUUUUCUCCCUGGUGUUUCUUUAUAGACUAAAACAAAAUCUUUUAAGUUUCUUACUACAGGUAAAAGCUAUGUGCAAGAACCUCAAAAUGCUAAAAUCUAGCAUAAUGCCUUAGAUCUGUUUUUAAGUCUUGUAUAUUCCUACAUAGCUGUCCGAUGUAUUAUAUUUGUAUAGUGAAUUGUGUACAAUUUUUGAAUAAGUACAUCAUCACUUAACCUUUAUGUUGUUGGAUAGUGAUGAUGAUACAUUUCUCCAAACAUUUAACUGUCAUUUUUUUCCCUUUGUCAUUUGUGGGUUUUAUUUGUACAGUUCCUCAUGAAGUUGCAUCUGAGAUGUGUGUAUAUGAAAAGAUUAUACAAGGGUAAAAUUAAGCAAUAUAUUAACUAUGGUUCUUCAGGAGAAAGCUUACAGUGUUUCAGGUCGUGGUUUAUUUUCCAAAUGGAGUUGACUCUGAACAUCACCUUGUUCAUCUGCAUCGAUGUUUGUAUUUCUCGUGUGAGCAGUUUAUGCAAAGGUAGAUAUAUUCAGAGAAAUUUUAAAUACAUUUAUGCAAGUUAAUAUUGCUUUGCUGAUGCUCUUUGCUUAUUUGAUGUUAAAUAAUGCUAUUGUAAAUAAAGAAUUCUGUUGUUAUUGCAUCAUUUAAUAAAUUUUAAUGCCUUCGGGUUUUACAUGGC